GAAGAGCCCUCUCCGCCAGCUCCACCCCCCUCCCUGAAGGAGGAGGCGGGCCUGGUCGCUGCGCUUGAAUCUUAUGAGCUCCAGGAGUGGCUACGUGUCCUUUGCAGAAUGCAUGUCUUGACGCAGCAAAUGCUGCUAGGGGGCCUAGAGUACGACGAGCUGAUACCGCUUCGGGCCAAACGAAUGAAGGUUAUACUCGCGCCCCCACCUUUGUUCGAGAGCAUAAAGUUGGCAAGGACCGAGAAGGGGGUCACGUGGCAUGUUGUCGAGACGGCGAAGCUGGUGGCAGGGGACAACGGCUUUGUUGCGGUCGCUACAGGCAGGGAUGAGACCUACGCCGUCCUGGAUCGUGGCUCUAAGCUUCAAGGAGCACUCUCCGCCCUGUUUGGCAAGAUGUGGGACCACCCACCGCUUAGCGAGAUCGUUCAGGAUCACAACCGCUUCAGGCUCAUCACCACCUCCAUCAAGGCUGUCUACGACUACACGGCCCGCAAAAUGGAGCUACCGGCAAGACUGGUUGUCGCACAGGAUGGCAAGCACGUGCACGUCAAGCACAACUGCGGCGACUCCCCGACCUAUCUCCAGCAGCAGCACCGGAGCUAG